AUGUGCAAGAAAACCAAGGACAAAGGUCCUGUUACUAUUCCUCCUAGAUGUGUUCUUCCUGACGGCUCUUCUGUUGACUUCGGACAUGAGGGAAACCUUAAUAACAACAACAACAACAACGGCGACACCAAUAAGGAAAACAGUGCCAACAAUAUUCGCAGAAACCCACGUCAACGUGGCUCAGGUGCCAAGCACAAUAGAGUGAUGUUGAAGAGCACUUCUGAUGAUAUGAAGUCGACCACGCAGGAUCUCAAAAAACUGCUGAUCUCAGAUGUCAUCAAGAGAAGCAAAUCUGAUUCUGGUAAACCGAAAAGCGACCAGCCUCGGGCUCGGUUGCAAUGCAACUCACACCUUCUUUCCCGCUCAGGUUCUAGCUCUAGUUCUAGUUCCAGUUCCAGUUCUCGUACUCGUUCUCGUUCUCGUUCUCGUUCUCAUUCUCAUUCUGAUUCCCAUUCCAACUCCCGUUCUCCCCCUAUUUCUGCUUCUUCUUCUUCCUUGAAUUCACCUUCUGCAGUUUCUGUGGAAGGCUAUGCAGAGUUAAGAAUCCCGGGCAUUCAGACCUUACCGGAUGGCUCCUUACCAAACUUUGGUGCCUCUCCUUUGUCUGCCGGUUCUUCAAAUUCUUACAAUAGCUCAUCAUAUCCUUAUAAGCAUACUGCAUCCGGAACAAGGAAGUCGUCCAACUCCACUUCUAUUACAUCUUAUUCCAAUAAUUCUUCUAGCCUGGUUUAUGCCGGUUCGUCUUUCCACAGUUCUCCAUCUGCAGUGUCACUUCCAAGACCUUCUUUUUCCAAGAAGUAA